UCCGCCGGGCUUUCUAGGACGCCGGCGCCCCGCACACCCACCAUGGAUCUGCUGCUGUUGGUGAACACGAGCCUGGGCUCCCCCAACGAGUCCCUGGCGCUGCCCCCCGCCUCGCCGUCCUCCUCGGCCCUCCUGCAGCCGCCCUCCCCCUACUCGCCGGCGGCCGUGGCCGGCCUGGCGGCGGUGGUGGGCUUCCUCAUCGUCUUCACCAUCGUGGGCAACGUGCUGGUGGUGAUAGCUGUGCUCACCAGCCGGGCGCUGAGAGCCCCCCAGAACCUCUUCCUGGUGUCCCUGGCCAGCGCGGACAUCCUGGUGGCUACCCUGGUCAUGCCUUUCUCCUUAGCCAACGAGCUUAUGAAUUACUGGUACUUCGGCAAGGCUUGGUGUAACAUUUACCUGGCGCUGGACGUGCUGUUCUGUACCUCGUCCAUCGUCCACCUGUGCGCCAUCAGCCUCGACAGGUAUUGGUCGGUCACACAGGCGGUGGAGUACAACCUCAAACGGACACCGCGGCGGAUCAAGGCCAUCAUCCUCACCGUGUGGCUCAUUUCAGCCAUCAUCUCCUUCCCGCCAUUGAUCUCCGUGUACCGGGACCCUGAAGGAGAUGUCUUUCCCCAGUGCAAGCUCAAUGACGAGACAUGGUACAUCCUUUCUUCUUGCAUCGGCUCUUUCUUUGCCCCCUGCCUCAUCAUGGUGUUGGUCUAUAUCCGCAUCUACCGCGUGGCCAAGCUAAGGACCAGGACCCUCUCUGAGAAGCGAACGAUGCCAGAGGGGUCCUCCCAGACUGAGAACGGCUUGAGCCGCGCUGCCGGCGGCUGCACGUCCCUGAGGAUGCAGCUGGGAGAGAACGGACAUUAUUCGGCGCACCACUGGCGCAAAGCCUCUGAGCUGGAGGACAUUGAGCUGGAGGAGAGCAGCACCUCAGAGAGCAGGCGGAGGCGGAGCCGGGAGGAGCGUCGCCGCAAGAGCAAGAGCCAGUCCUUCUCCUACUCGUACUCCUCCAAGCACUCCAGUGGCCGCCUGUCCCGUGCGAGCAAUCGCUCCGUGCAGUUCUUCUCCUACCGCCGCCGCCGGAAGCGUAGCAGCAUCUGCCGUAAGAAAGUUGCCCAGGCCCGGGAGAAACGCUUCACUUUUGUGCUGGCUGUGGUCAUGGGGGUCUUUGUAGUUUGCUGGUUCCCUUUUUUCUUCAGCUACAGCCUCUAUGGUAUUUGCCGGGAGGCAUGCGAGGUCCCCGAGACUCUCUUCAAGUUCUUCUUCUGGAUUGGGUAUUGCAAUAGCUCCCUCAACCCAGUCAUCUACACCAUCUUCAACCAGGACUUCCGCAGGUCCUUUAAACACAUUCUUUUUAAGAAGAAGAAGAAGAACUUCCGGCAUUGAGCUGGAGGGAUGGAUUUGCCUCGAGCAGGA